AUGGCUAACGCUUCUCACAAACGCGAGUCUACUCCAACAGGAGAAUUAUCCAGACUUCCGCCCGAAGUCCGAGUUCAGGUCUACAGCCACUUAUUCAGUCACAUAUUCCCAAUCUAUGGCUAUCCAUUCUGGAAGACCGAAGCAACAGCAAAGUGGGAAAAGCCACCUGUGGGCGGAUUCUGCUACCUUGCUCUCCUACGCUGCAGUAAGAUCAUAAGGAAGGAGGCCACGCCCAUCUUCUUCAGGCAGGCUAUCUUUCGCUUUUCACUUUAUCCCCUUGAACGUCCAGCCCCGGCCCUACCAGGAAUUUUGAUUGAUCGGAUGAAGAAUGUGGACAUCAUGGUGGAUUUGGCUGCAUUUUGUUCAAUCUUUAUGAAUCCCACUAAAAUUAAUGAGAGUCCUGCAUAUCGACUUGAGUCACUGUGCAAAGAAACGAUUAAUAACUUCACCGGCAACACGAUCCAGCGCAAGGCUUGUAAAGUGACCUUCUGUGGCCUCGGACAUCCCUCUGCAGCCUUUGGACAGAAUGUAUUGACUGAAGCACUUCGCCAUUUGACAGGGUUUGAACAAGUAACAGUAGAGAUCGAUGAACAAAUUCAUAGCCCUCUCGACGGCCAGACUUGCACCGAAACGCGUCUCGCUGCGGCUUCUGUUGAGCUGGCAACAAUGGUUAGAGCUGCCCUAUCUCCAAGACUAGGCCCGGCGGAGGUAAACUUGAUUUGCAAUCCCCCUGAGGUCCGGUCUAGGGUUGGAUUUGUGUUCAAACCGCAGGCAAGAAGAAAGACGAAAGGGAAGGGGAUGGAGCAGCUUCGGUAUGGCUGUUCCUUCAAAUGGUUCACUUCGAAGCGCAAGCUGGACCGUUAG